CACUCGUUACCUUAUGAUCUGUUAGGUGGAAAUCAAAUCGUGAACGCGACCACCGAAAUUUAGAUAGAGAGGGAGAAGCGAGAAGGGAGAAGGGGAGAAGGGAACGAUCGGAAUGGCGUUGAAUUUGGGUCACCAGAUCGGAGUGUUCUGCGGGACGCCGGUGGCGGAUCAGGGCGGCGAGCAGCCGGCGCCGGCGAGCGCUGCGGCGGUGUGGAAGCCGCAGGUGCCACUGGCGAAGCUGCGGUGCCGGCGGUUGGGGGUGGGGGAGAUCGACCAGAUUUCGCCACCGGUUAGUCCCUGUCGGUCACCGGUUCUGGGGGCGACGCACCCAGACCUGUCGGUGGCGUGCCAGGCGCUGGUGACGGACGCGGCGGCGGAGACGGCGGAGGGUGAGGUGCAUGAAUACGGCGGAGGGGUGGAGAUGGGGAAGGGGAAGGGGGUGCCGGUGUACGUGAUGCUGCCGCUGGACACGGUGAGGCCGGGGGGCGGGGUGAACCGGCGGAAGGCGAUGAAUGCGAGCUUGCAGGCGCUGAAGAGCGCCGGGGUGGAGGGGGUGAUGGUGGAUGUUUGGUGGGGGAUCGUGGAGCGGGAGCGGCCGGGGGAAUACGAUUGGGGAGGCUAUGCCGAUCUGAUGGAGAUGGCGAGGCGGAUCGGGCUCAAGGUCCAGGCCGUUAUGUCCUUCCACCAGUGCGGUGGGAACGUCGGUGACUCUUGCACGAUACCGCUACCGAGAUGGGUGGUGGAGGAGAUGGAGAAGGAUCCGGACCUGGCCUACACGGACCAGUGGGGACGCCGGAACUACGAGUACGUCUCUCUGGGCUGCGACACCCUCCCCGUCCUCAAGGGCCGCACCCCCAUCCAGUGCUACGCCGACUUCAUGCGCGCCUUCCGCGACCGCUUCCAGCCUCUUCUAGGCUCCACCAUCGUCGAGAUACAAGUUGGGAUGGGGCCCGCAGGCGAGAUCCGAUAUCCGUCGUAUCCCGAGCUCCACGGCACCUGGAAGUUCCCCGGCAUCGGCGCUUUCCAGUGCUACGAUAAGUAUACGCUGAGCAGCCUGAAGGCGGCGGCGGAGGCGGCGGGAAAGCCGGAGUGGGGCCAUGGUGGCCCUUCCGACGCCGGAGGCUACAACAGCUGGCCGGAGGACACCCCCUUCUUCCAGCGCGAGGGCGGAUGGAAAGGCCCUUAUGGCGAGUUCUUCCUCACCUGGUACUCCCAGAUGCUCCUGGACCACGGGGAGCGCGUCCUCUCCGCCGCGACUUCCAUCUUCCACGGCGCCGGCGUCAAGAUCUCCGUCAAGGUUGCCGGCAUCCACUGGCACUACGGCACCCGCUCCCACGCCGCUGAGCUCACAGCCGGCUACUACAAUACCCGCUUCCGCGACGGUUACCUCCCGAUCGCGCAGAUGCUAGGCCGGCACGGGGCGGUGUUCAACUUCACGUGCGUGGAGAUGCGGGACGAGGAGCAGUCCGGGGAGGCUUGCUGCCGGCCGGAGGGGCUGGUGCGGCAGGUCGCGGCGGCGGCGCGGGCGGCCGGGGUGGGGCUCGCCGGGGAGAACGCGCUGCCGCGGUACGACGAGACGGCGCACGAGCAGAUCGUGCAGACGGCGGUGCAGGGCGAGGAGAUGAAGGCGUUCACGUACCUGAGGAUGGGACCGGCCUUGUUCCAGCCGGAUAAUUGGAGGCGGUUCGUGGCGUUCGUGAAGAGAAUGGGGGAGGGGAGGGAAGGUGGAGGGCGGUGCCGGGAACAAGCAGAAAGGGAAGCGGAGAAAUUCGUGCACGCCACCGGGCCGCUGGUCCAGGAGGCCGCCGUGGCGUUGAUGAACGGCUGAAAGUAAUGAUAACGGGGUACAGUGUAUUUUAAUUUGUAUCCUUUAUGUGUAACAUUGGGGUAUUCCAUAAGUGGAUGUAAUUACAAUGGAGUUGGAUCAUUACAGUGAAGUUUGGAUUUUAGGGGUGUGAAAUGAUCAAAUUAUUGGCGCAUAUUAUCUAAUGAAAACGUUUGUCGUCUUCUUUUUUU